UAAUUGCCUUCCCUCCCGCCCUGCAGAAUUUGUAGCCAUGGCAGAGCCGGCAGGAACGAAGCCAAAGCGCAUCCUGGUAACCGGUGGCACCGGACUGGUGGGGAGAGGCAUUGAGAAGGUGGUUGCUGAUGGAGAGGGCAGGCCAGAUGAGGAAUGGAUCUUCGUGUGCUCCAAGGAUGCUGACUUAACGAACGCGGCGGAGACCAGAGCCCUGUAUGAGAAACACAGACCCACCCACGUGAUCCACUUGGCAGCCUUGGUGGGAGGCCUCUUCAAAAACAUCAAAUACAACCUGGAUUUCUGGCGGAGAAAUGUGCACAUCAACGACAACGUCCUUCACUCAGCAUACGAAUUCGGAGUGCAGAAAGUCGUCUCCUGCCUUUCCACCUGCAUCUUCCCGGACAAGACCACCUAUCCUAUCGACGAGUCCAUGAUUCACAACGGGCCCCCGCACAGCUCCAAUUUUGGGUAUUCGUACGCCAAGAGAAUGAUUGACGUUCAGAACAGGGGGUAUUUCGAACAGCAUGGCUGCCGCUUCACCGCCGUGAUCCCCACCAAUGUCUUCGGACCUCAUGAUAACUACAACAUCGAGGACGGGCAUGUCCUUCCGGGACUGAUCCACAAGGUGUACCUGGCAAAGAAAAAUGGCACGGCUCUCACCGUCUGGGGGACAGGAAAGCCCAGGAGACAAUUCAUCUACUCUCUGGACCUGGCACGUCUCUUCCUCUGGGUCCUAAGGGAGUACGACGAGGUGGAGCCCAUCAUCCUCUCAGUUGGAGAAGAAGACGAGGUCUCUAUCAGGGAAGCUGCGGAGAACGUCGUGGAAGCCAUGGAUUUCAAGGGAGAACUCAUUUUUGACACGACAAAAUCCGACGGCCAGUUCAAGAAAACAGCCAGCAACGGCAAGCUGAGGCGGUGCCUGCCCGACUUCCAGUUCACGCCGUUCAAACAAGCUGUGAAGGAAACUUGCGACUGGUUCAACGCGCACUAUGACAUCGCCCGGAAGUGACCAGCACACCAAAGCCGUUGUGAUUAGCGGCCAACACUGCCCUGGAGGUUCCUCUGAGACUCAGGGUUUUCCUUUGCUGGAGCAGAGGAGGGGACGCGUGAGGGCGUUUGGGGCUGUGAAAUGAUGCUGGAGAUACAGCUUUUCCAAAGUAGAAUUUGAGAGGGGUGGGGAAUGGAAUUGGGGGGCAGAGAGAUCCUGAAUGGCCAAAUCACUGAUAAGCUCAGCAAACAUGAGUGAGAAAUGUGUAGCAUUAGGGGUGGAGAUACCCUGUCUUUCUCUGUGACACAGGACUCACACUACUAGUCAUCUCAGCCAGCCAGGGGUGUAGAACUUCGUGGGGUGGAAUGGGGAGAAACUCUCUGUUCAGGGAUCAAAGUGAAUCUUUGUUAAAAGGUUCCAGAAAUGCAAAGACUGAGGCAUCCCCCGCAAUGCUUCCACUAUUCCUCCCUGUGGUUCUAAAUAUCCCAGGAACUACAGCCUGAAGAGCCCCUCAGGUUCAGAUCUCGCUUCGGUCAAAAGGAGCUUAGUAAGGGAAGUCUUGCCUAGUGAGAACCCUCUUGAGCUUCCCCCAAAGACACUGCCCUGGGAGAGGCCGGAGGGUUGGACCUGCAGGUUGAGGUACCGGGAAGUUUACAUGCUGCCUUGGCAUCAUGUAAUGAAUAUUUUUAAAACAGACAGAGCCCCCUCUCCAUCCAACCUCACCACUGUUCUUGCUGGGUCCCUUUCCCUUGCCCAUGCUGGUGUUACGCUGUAAUGGGUCAGGCUGCCAAUCAAGUGUAAAGCAGUCUGUAAUUAGAUUCAGAAUAAAUCGAAGUGGAUUUUU